ACCUUUAGAACGUGGCUUAGGAUUUUCUUGUAAAAAUAACGUAGUUCCACUUUGCGUUCCACCAGUUCCACCGAGCUGUUUGAACAGUUGGAUGUUUUUUCUUCAAGAUUGUAGGAUACAAACAAAACGCUUCGUGCCGCGUAUACGAGAAUGCUAAUAAAACAUUGACAGAAGAAUAGUAAUAAGUAACCGGCAAACAGAAAUAUUUGAACAUGGCUUUACGUACAUACGGUGACAAACCUAUAAGCUUCCAAGUGGAGGAAAAUGGAGAAUAUUAUUGCAUUGGAUCAGAAGUGGGCAAUUAUUUGCGCCUGUUCCGAGGUUCAUUAUACAAACGUUAUCCUGGAAUGUUCAGGAGAUCCAUUACGAACGAUGAACGUAAAAAAUUAGUAGAACUUGGUUUAAGUCAACAUGUACUUGCAUCUAGUGUAUCACUUUUGAGAGCUAGUGAAGUAGAAGAUAUUAUCGAAGGAAAUGAUGAUAAAUAUAAAGCUGUGUCAGUACACUCGACUGAACCUCCGGCCCCAAGAGAAGGAAAAUCAAAGAAAUCAAUGCCUUGGGUACCUAGCUUGCCAAACAGUUCACACUUAGACGCUGUACCACAAGCUACACCAAUAAAUCGUAACAGGGUACAUAAUAAGAAAGUUAGGACAUUCCCAUUAUGUUUUGAUGACACAGACCCAUCGGCAAAUUUGGAGAAUGCAGCACAACAAGAAAUGUUAGUGCCAAUUCGCUUAGACAUGGAAAUCGAAGGACAAAAGCUACGAGACACCUUUACGUGGAACAAAAAUGAAAGUCUGAUAACUCCUGAACAGUUCGCUGAAGUAUUAUGCGACGACUUGGAUUUAAAUCCACUUACCUUUGUACCAGCGAUCGCACAAGCUAUAAGGCAACAGAUCGAAGCUUUCCCUCAGGAAACAAUUUUAGAAGAUCAAUGUGAUCAACGAGUUAUAAUUAAAUUAAAUAUACACGUAGGCAACACGUCUUUAGUUGAUCAAGUAGAAUGGGAUAUGUCUGAGAAAGAAAAUAACCCCGAGAAGUUUGCGAUGAAGCUUUGUGCCGAAUUAGGACUUGGCGGCGAAUUUGUCACUGCCAUUGCCUAUAGUGUACGUGGACAGUUAUCAUGGCACCAAAGAACUUAUGCAUUUUCUGAAGCACCUCUGCCCACGGUCGAAGUACCUUUUAGGCCACCUUCGGAAGCUGAUCAAUGGGCACCGUUUCUAGAGACAUUAACAGACGCAGAAAUGGAAAAGAAGAUACGUGAUCAAGAUCGAAAUACGAGACGUAUGAGACUUUAA